GCCAUUUUCCAUUAUUCUGGGCGAUAUCGUUCGAUUGGUUCAUUCAGACGACACCAGAUAUGCCUGGCGGAUCCACGGGCACGCAACAAAAUGUCGACUUGAACGGCUUUGCGGGCGGCGCUGCCCCGGAGAACAUCGCUAACCUCGUCGCGGAGAUCAAGCGUCUUCGAGGUGAAAACAAGAGAGCGUGGAGGGUGGCGAGCUCAGAGAGGAUGAUGAGAAAGUACAUGAAGGUUUGUCUCAGUUUCGAACAGUUAAGAAAGCGGGCAGAGCGAUUGGACGAAAAAGUCACUUUAUGGAAAGGGAAGGCCGGAGAAUGGAAGGAGUUAGCUUCGAUGCGGAAAGGAAUGUUGGAGGACAAGAGAGAUCUAGAAUCAGAGGUAGAGGAGCUACGAGAGGAGAAUCGCGCAUUGCAACAGAGCUUGAAGCGACCCAAGACUACGACCCUCGACCCCGUGGAUUCGGAGAAUGAGGUCGAGGGUAUUCUCGACGAGGAGGAGAAUCUCCAACCUCCCACCCGCGUGUCAGCAUUUACCGCUAACACGGGUAUAUCAUCUUCGUCGGAUCCUCUGACGGGUCAGAAACGAGGUUCUGAUGUUUUAAGGGCGGGUAAUAUCGUACAAGACAUAGAGCAAGGCUCAGCGACAAAGCGUAAGAAGACUCGUACCUUGCGUACAGCUCCGGACUUAGAACUUGUAGAACCUGUGAUAUUCGACAAUUUGGUUCGCUCGCGAGUCACAGGUAUCACUUUCGGUAAAACCUCCGGCGGUCUUCCUUCUCUUGAUCGUCAGGUCAUCACCAAGUUAAAGGAAUUCCAUCAUCUUCCUACGUUCUGCCUAGACGAAACUAUAAUCGACGCCGACGCCGUAUCCCGUUUCGUAGAUCAUACGCGAAUACAACAGGUCAACAAUGUUAUUCGCCUCGUUCCGGACACCGAGAACGCAAACAUCGAUAUUUUGAUCGUCGAGAAGCAGAACCAGCCAAAUGUACCUAUGUUUCCUGGCGAACCCGGAUUUGUUUUGGGCGACUUGGUUCUUGAGAGGCAUAAUGGAUUACAUGUCGAAGGGAUAACGGCGGGAAGGAAGCGGGUGAUGCUGCAAGUGAAUGGCGUUGGAUUGUUGUACUGUACUUUUUCGACCAAAGGUUCAUCAGAAAUGUACAAACCGUGCGUGAGCGUGACGGGACCCGUAAAUAGUUCAGAAAACAACGUAGGCGCUUGCAAAAAUGAUCAUUUUGCGCAAGCGCCUGCCGAGGUCACUGUUCGCUCACCAUGCGUUAUGCGUGAGGUCACGCAGGAUUUUGUUCGGUUCACCAGCGCGGAGAACGCGUGACGAACCUUUGGUCGAAAAAGUACAGUA